CUCUUUGCGAAAUCGUCUGUAUUUCCGGUUCCUGUUUCUGUCUUCCUUGACGGUAUUUAGGUAGGUCAUUUGAAUGACUCCUUUAAAUUGAUCCCUUCAACCUAAUUUUAAAUAUCUUUAAUAUUUUAAUCGAAAGGGUAAAUUAUGGCUGAAACACCUUUAACCGAAACUGAAGCAUACAAGCUAUUGAAAGGUUAUUUUGACAAUAAUAAGAAAACCCUUAUUUUGAAGGAUUUGUUUGCUGCCGAUCCUGACAGAUUUAAUAAAUAUAGCCUUACUUUACUUACUCCUGCCCCUGGAGAAAUACUCCUUGAUUUUUCAAAAAAUCUGAUCGAUGACAAAGUUUUCAAGCUUUUAAUCGACUUGGCAAAGCAAAGAAAUGUGGAACAAUUCCGAGAUGCGAUGUUUAAGGGUGAAAAGAUUAAUUUUACUGAAGAUCGUGCUGUUUUACAUAUUGCAUUACGAAACAGAAAUAAUCUUCCCAUUUUAGUAGACGGAAAAGAUGUUAUGCCUGAAGUGAAUGCUGUUUUAAAUCAUAUGAGAGAGUUUUCAGAGAGUGUUAGAAGUGGACAAUGGAAGGGUUACACUGGUAAAGCAAUAACAGAUGUGGUCAACAUUGGUAUCGGUGGAUCAGAUUUGGGGCCUUUGAUGGUUACAGAAGCUCUGAAGGCAUACCACACAAAAGGACCCAAUGCUCAUUUUGUAUCAAAUAUUGAUGGCACCCAUCUUGCUGAAACUUUGAAAAAACUCAAUCCAGAAACAACAUUAUUUAUUAUAGCUUCAAAGACAUUCACAACUCAAGAAACCAUUACAAAUGCAGAAUCAGCAAAAUCCUGGUUCUUGAAGUCUGCAAAAGAUCCAUCUGCUGUAGCAAAGCAUUUUGUUGCUCUUUCAACAAAUGGAGCAAAAGUAACUGAAUUUGGAAUUGAUGAGAAGAAUAUGUUUGGAUUCUGGGAUUGGGUCGGUGGUCGUUAUUCUCUUUGGUCUGCCAUUGGUCUAUCAAUUGCUCUGUAUUUAGGAAUGGAUCAUUUUGAAGAACUUCUUACUGGUGCUUUUUUUAUGGAUCAACAUUUCUUGACCACACCCUUAGAAAAAAAUGUUCCUGUAAUUUUAGCUGUAUUAGGAGUUUGGUAUCAUAACUUUUAUGGAGCCGAGAGCCAUGCUUUACUCCCUUAUGACCAGUAUAUGCAUAGAUUUGCAGCUUACUUUCAACAAGGGGAUAUGGAAUCAAAUGGAAAGUAUGUGACACGCUGUGGGAAGCCAGUGACUUACACCACAGGACCCAUUGUGUGGGGGGAACCAGGCACAAAUGGGCAGCACGCCUUCUAUCAACUCAUUCAUCAAGGUACUCGUCUCAUUCCCUGUGAUUUCCUUGCUCCUGUUAAAACACAAAAUCCAAUUAGCGACGGUCUCCAUCAUGAGAUAUUACUGGCCAAUUUUCUGGCUCAGCCUGAAGCUCUGAUGCGAGGAAAGACCACCGAAGAGGCUGAAGAAGAACUGAAAAAAGCUGGACUCCCUGAUGAUAAGCUGAAAAAGAUAUUACCACAUAAGGUUUUCCUUGGUAAUAAACCCACAAAUUCUAUUUUAUUGGAUAAAAUAUCACCUCUUAACUUGGGUUGUUUAAUCGCUAUGUAUGAGCACAAGAUCUUUACUCAGGGUAUUAUUUGGGACAUCAAUUCAUUUGACCAAUGGGGGGUUGAAUUGGGAAAGCAAUUAGCUAAACUGAUCCAACCGGAGUUGAAAGGAAAAGAUCCAGUAUCAUCCCACGACAGCUCUACAAAUGGACUCAUUAAUUUCAUUAAAAAGCAUAACUAAUCUCGAUGUUGAAAUAAUUUCAUUUCCUGUUUUAAAAGUACCUUAAUUACCCAUCGUUUGUUAAAAUAAAUUGAAUGGAAAUUCCUUUAAAACUACUUCUUUAUUCAACAUUAUUUUUCGUGUUGCGUAAAGAUUUAAAAAUCUAUUUAGUUUAACAAUUAUUAUAUUUUUAUUCCUGUAAAAAACUGUGUGCUUGAAUACUUAAUCUAAACCUUAUAUCAUCUUAUUCAACUGAGUGAAUUAUGAAAUGUAUAUUAAAUUUGAAUGAAAUGUUGUGGAUAUAUUUUACAUGAUGUUAUUGUAUUUAUCAUUGAAUACAAAAGAUUUGAAAUUACUGUUUUAUGACAUAAAAAAUUGUGGAUUUAUUAUUACUGUCAAAGAUUAAAUGUUUUUUAAUUUAUCUGCA